CGCGGGGGUGGGGGCACGCGACAACCCCACUGCCUAGAGUCCCCCGCACCCUGCCAGCCUCGGUCCCCGCUGCUCCCGCGCCCCCUGCCCAGACCCGGCUCCGGCCAUGCCCAGCCUGGGGGUCCAGCCGCUCUGCACGGAGCAGUACGGCUCCCGCGGUGCCCGUUGCUACCUGCCCUCACCCGACGGGCACCUAAGCUGUGUGGGGGAUGAGCCGGGGCGUGUGGGAUGGCGCUCACUAAAGGAGAUCUUCAUGUCCGUGUUUCUGCCCCAGGGGUACCCUGAGAGUGUGAGCCAGGACUACCUGCCCUACCAGAUAUGGGACACCGUGCAGGCCUUUGCCAGCAGCAUCACGGGGGCGCUGGCCACGCAGGCCGUGCUGAAGGGGGUGGGCGUGGGGGACCAGACCUCGACUGUUGCUGCAGCCACAGUCACCUGGAUACUCAAAGACGGGACAGGGAUGCUUGGCCGGAUCCUUUUUGCCUGGAUGAAAGGGAGCAAACUGGACUGUGACGCCAAGCAGUGGAGGCUCUUUGCAGAUGCGCUCAAUGACCUGGCCAUCUUCAUGGAGAUCUUGGCCCCUGCCUUCCCAGCAUGCUUCACUCUCAUCGUCUGCACCAGCGGCUUCUUCAAGUGCAUCGUGGGAGUAGCCGGAGGUGCCACCCGGGCAGCCCUCACCAUGCACCAGGCCCGGCGGGACAACAUGGCGGACGUUUCGGCCAAGGAUGGGAGCCAGGAGACCCUGGUGAAUUUAGCUGGCCUGCUCGUUAGCCUCCUCCUCAUCCCCCUCGUCACCGACAGGCUCCAGCUCACCUACGCCCUCUAUGGCCUGUUCACGGCUCUACACCUCUACGCCAACUACCGGGCCGUGCGCGCCGUCUGCAUGGAGACGCUCAACCGGGCCCGUCUUCGCCUCGCCCUGCGUCACUUCCUGUGCCAGGGCUGGGUGCCCACGCCCGUCCAUGCCAACCCACGGGAACCCCUGCUGCCAGAAUUCCAGCAGCAUCUCAGGAUGACUCUAGGAGCCCCACUCCACCUGCUGGUCUCCAGCGUAGCUGAGUUCCAGCAGGCCUGCGAGGGCAACUUGAGGAACUAUCUAAUCGCUCUGAACCGAAAAGCUGGCACCGUGGCUGUGGCCCUGCGCCAUGGGGCGAGCAGUGUGGACACCAUCCAGGCCUGUUCCCACGCCCUGCUGCUGGAGACCCUGCUGUGCCAGGCCCUGCCCCCAGGUGCCGUGGAGGAAGAGAUGCUACAGAAGCUGCAAAGGCAGCUGUGUGGAGCCCCUGACGGAGAGGUCUGGGCUGUGCUGACGGAAACUCACCAGCUGCUGGACAGGCUGUUCCCACGGUUCCUAGCAGGGCUGGUCUCGGCAGGCUGGGUCACGGAUCGGAACCUGCUUGGAGCAGAGGAAUGGCGUCUGGAUUGGACCCCAAAGGACAAGAAAGUCCUGUAGACUGCCCCCUCCCCAGCAACCCCAACGAGACCAAAACGUUCUGUGCCUUAGUGGGCUCACCCCAGUGAGUUGACUGGGACCAGUGACUGAAGGAUGCAGAUUCGAUCCAGCUCCAUGUGGGACCAGAGUUACACACACUGUGAAUCCAACGUGCUCUGCACCCCUGUACUGCUGGGAAUAAAGAUUUUAUAUAUAUACAUAGA